AUGCUCCCCCCAUCCGGCUUCGAGGCCUACACCUCCGUCGAGAAUGCCUCUUCGCCAACCUCUACCCUCCUCGCCGCCGCCCUCACAACAGCCGUUGCCCUCACCUCCACCACCGUCGCAGCCGUAGCAGCAUCCAGUAGCACAUCCGCGCCGCACGACGGCGCCCCUAAGAAUGGCGAGUGCGAACUCCUCGGUCCCUUCGCCAUCCUGGUGCAGGGCUCCCUCGGCCUCUGCGCCCUGAUGGCCUUAGUCUACAAGCGGUACCACGAGCGUCCGCAGCGCCCGCUCAAGAUCUGGUUCUUCGACGCGAGUAAACAGGUGGUGGGCAGCGUGCUGGUGCAUAGUGCGAAUCUGCUCAUGAGUAUGUUGAGCAGUGGCCAGUUUAGUAUCAAGGUGGACGCGACGGCCGUGGCGGCGGCGAGGAGGAUGGUGGAGGAUGAUGACGCCCACUAUUCGCCAAAUCCGUGUAGUUUCUACCUGCUGAACCUGGCGAUUGAUACUACCAUCGGCAUCCCCAUCCUCAUCGGCCUCCUCCGCCUCCUCACCGCCCUCUUCACACUCACCCCCUUCGGCUCGCCCCCGGACUCUAUCCGCUCGGGCAACUACGGCUCCCCUCCCCGCGCAUGGUGGUGGCUCAAGCAAUCCAUCAUCUACUUUCUCGGCCUCAUGGGCAUGAAGAUCUGCGUGCUGAUCAUCUUCCUGGUCCUCCCUUGGAUAUCGCGGGUGGGCGACUGGGCGCUGAGGUGGACCGAAGGCGAUGAGGUGCUGCAGGUCAUCUUCGUGAUGCUGGUAUUCCCGGUCAUCAUGAACGCGACGCAGUACUACAUCAUCGACUCGUUUAUCAAGAACCAGACGCCCGAGGGGCACGAAUCGAUUCCCGAGGAAGAAGAGGAGGAAGCAGCGUUUCUUCGGGGUGAUGAGAGUGUGGGGAGUGACGAGGAGAGUGAGGAAGUCAAAGCCGAGGAGGUCAAGCGCAAAUCCAGGACGCGGACGUCGACUCACGCUGUAGGCGGCGGGAGCGGUAAGAGGGCGAAGGCGCUGCAAACGGGUAGCAAGGACUACGAUCCCCUAUUCGACGGGGAGACUAGUCCGACGGUGGUGGGCAGUGCUAGCACGGGGGCGACGCCGAAGAAAGCGGAGGUCGAAAGCGACGAUGACCAGCCUGGCUUGAAGCCUCGCAGCUAG